AUGAGUUCCCUCAGUGAAGAAGAGUACGACAAGCUGGAGGAUCACCGUACCCCAACCCUUGAACUUCAUAUGGGGGAGGAAUAUCAAGCCGCUUUGCCAUCCGCACACUCACCUUCAUCCGACUCUGACGAAGAGCUGCUCACAAUCCCCAACAUGAACCAGGCAAUACAAGAGCUCAAGAAGAGGAAGGAGAAGAGGAAGCAGGGCUGGCCUACAAAAGACAAGCCCCCUCUGCCCGACUUCUCUCUCAGCUGCAACAUCACGGUCUACGCGUACUCGGAGCGCGACAAGUCCAAGGCGAAGAAGGACGCGAACAAGUCUCUCACAAUCCCCUUCACCGUCAACAACUCUACGACCUUCGAUGACCUCUCUGUCGUGCUACUGAAGGCAGCUACCAAGCACUCGCGCGACAACAAUGACAAGCUCAGCAACUACAAUGUAACCUUUACUAUCCCCUACGUAUCAUCCCAGCCCCUCUCCCUUGACGAAGCGGAUGACUUCGCGGAGUUCAUCACCCGUGGGCGGAAGGGAACACGCGGGAAGACUGCCACGAUCAUUGUUCAGCGUACCUUGAAGCCCAAGGCCAAGAAGCGCGAUUGGCAGAAGGUAAACACACCAAGCACAACUAUCAUUGUCAGCAACAGUGGCAACAGUGAUGGGGACGAGCCCCCAAAGAAGAAGAAGAAGGAUGAGAAGAAGAAGAGCAAGGUACUCUUCCCUUUCAUCCCCUCGUCUCGCUUGCUGACAAGCUUGCAGGCACCCAGACAUGCCGACAUCGCAGCCGUGAACCUCGCAAAGACGCAGGCGAUCACCACCCUGCCAGGCGUCAAGAGCAAGUUCUGCUACGUCAAGGGUGACAUGCAUAUAGCUCUAAGCCAUGUCCUCUUCAACAAGUGGGCUGCUGCUACGCUUGCGAGGGGCCCUGAUGGUAGUUAUCACGCGACGACGGAGAUGCCUCCAAAUGACGAGGACUUUUGCAAAAUCCUCGAGAACGACAACACCAGUACCGGUCAGUUGGCAUUAGUUCUUUGUCGCCAGGCUCUGCAGAAAGAAGUGCCUGCCCCUAUCUCCGCUCCUCCUGUUACCUUCCAGUUUGGCAGCUUCCCCCCCUACCCUGGUGUUGGUCCGCAUGUUGGAAUCGGUGUCUACGCGCUCUCUAGCGCCUAUGUCCUAUCUCUGCGCUCGCGCCUUAUUGCCGAGCGCCACAUAUUUCCUCGGCAUUUGCCGUGCCCUCCUGCCUAG